CUUGUUAAUGGAUAAACCACCACCUGCUGAGGUAACACUGAAACCAGCUGCAGCCCGGAAGGAGAGACAGACUUAAGUUCGACUUUCCGGAAUGAAAACAACCCUAUUCUAGUUUCACACAGGCUGCAUGACCCGCACACACGUGUGGUCACCGGAACUCCCGUUUUUGACACAGAAACCCCACGAAGCGACACCGAGGGUCGAGCUGACAUGAAUGUUUUUCAACCACAAGCGAAACUUCCCCUCUGACCGCGGAGAGAGGCGGACAUCCAGCAGGGGACUUCCAGCGGCUUAAUACCUGGAGAUGGACCGGUACAGGUACUUCAUUUUCAACCAGAAGAGCGUGCUCGUCCUCGGCGUCCUGCAGGUGGCUUGUGCGGGUCUUUGUGUGGUGUGCGGGUUCAUGGACGCUGUUUUCCGCAGGGAUACCCCGCUGAGUACCACCAGGACACCGGUAUGGGGAGCACUGAUCAUGGCCUCUCCAGGUGUUCUGGCCCUGUUUGCCUCCCAAAGGAAAAACUCAGUGCUGGUGAGUGUGAUGGUGGUAGCAGCAGGACUCUCCUGCGUGGCUGCAGUGUUUGUAUCAUGUUACUCCUGUGUGACCCUCACCUACGGAGAGGAGGAUGAAGAGGUCUUCCACCACCACGACAGUCCUCAAGUGACGUUUGUGCUUCAUCGGAUGGUGAAAGGGGCCAACGCCACCAUACUGCUGACCUGCACCAUCAGCCUGGCUCUCUCCUCUCUCAUCGCCUAUUUGGGCUGCCGUAGUCUUCCCUGCUGUGGCUGCUAUGAUGCCAGGACUGGAUUGUUGCAGCUGAUGUCCCUACGUUUGAACGCGCUUCGCUCUCAGCAGCCCUGUGAUGUAGUUCUCCUCUGUGUCCAGCAACUGGCGAUGACAGGCUCUUCAACUCUCCAGCUCAGUCCACUGACCAGGGCACCACUGAGGAAGAGGGUCCCGCCAAACGGCCUCCGUACGUCAGACUGGCCUGACACAUUAGAGACUGGUCCUACACAUCCCUGUUUCCUCCACUCCAGAGAGGAGGGGGAUCUCAAGACACAACCAAUUUAAACAAUGCCAAAGUUGUAUGUGUGACAUGUCAAGACUGAAAUUCCCUAUAUGCUGUGUGAAAGUGACUUGUUUUAUCUAUAGAUUCUAUGAUUUUAUGUGUAUUUGAUAAAUAAAACCUGCCUGAUGUUUCAA